GAUCUCUAUAAGAUCCAGGGGGCCAGAGGAGCACUGAACAUCACAGAGGUCAGGGGAUUGGAGCAGGUAGAUCUAAACAGAAGACAGCUAAGUAGUCCUUUUGGUCAAAACAUAUGUACGGGUAAUUGUAGCUGUACUAGUCCUAGGUUGGAUCCAGGGAAGCAGCAACAGGACAUAUCCGAUAUUUACUCUGCUACUGACAGGCUUGAACCUGAGGCACCUGAAGAUGAGGUCCAGCUUGGUCUCCUCCACGCUUCUCUCCAUCAUAGCAUGGAUGGCUAGGGCGUACGCAAAUAAUGGACCUCUCACCAAGUGCUGUUUAGGCCAUUCCACAACAAGGGUCCGACUGGACCAGAUACAGAACUACACGGUUCAGACUGAUCGACUCUGUGAUAUCCCAGCCAUAGUGUUUUUCACCGAGAAAGGACUUAGGAUCUGCUCGUCACCUAACAGUGACUGGAGCAAGAGGGCCAUGGGUAAGGUGGACAAGGAGAAGAGGGGAUUGGGGGAAGUGGAGAGGAAGGAGGAGAAGAGAGGAUUGGGGGAAGUGGAGAGGAAGGAGGAGAAGAGAGGAUUGGGGGAAGUGGAGAGGAAGGAGGAGAAGAGAGGAUUGGGGGAAGUGGAGAGGAAGGAGGAGAAGAGAGGAUUGGGGGAAGUG